UUGGAACACGCAUGCGUUACUCAGCAGCAGUAGACAUGACUGGCGUUGUCUUUACUGGACAACGAUAUCAUCAAUCGUUAGAACGGGUGUGUUUAUAUGUAUAUAUGUUAACCCCGUUCCUCUUGUUUGAACAACCAUAACUGGAACAACUAUAAGAACUCCCCCAGUCGAUUACCCAAAGCAGAAGAGGCCUGUUGAUAGGCCGAAUUAGUCUUUCUUCGAUGCCUGACUUGUCUUUCUGUUAACCCAACCAUUCUGAAAACACUCCAAUCACACGAUGGCAUCUUCGGCAUUGCUUACACAGAAUCAGCUGUCUGAAGGUCAUUCAGAGGAGCACCACAGCAGCAACCGCGAUUCUGUCGGAGACACCCGCUCCAGUAGUUGUGGAUCGUGUGAUGAUCAUACCAUGGAUGCUGUAUCCUGCGGGAGUGAUGCCAGCGACUGCUUGCAACCAAUUACCAUGGAGACAAACCCAAUCUUCCAGCACUCUCCUGACAGUGGGACAUUUGGGAGCCUAAGGGAUGCUGACUUACACAUGGCUCCCUCCGAGCUGCAAGAACUGCAUCAACGAAACAAGGAUGCACUCUUGCAGCAUGAGAUUAACAUGAACUUGAACCAUGGCUUACAAUGCAUAGAUAUGAGCAUUGAUCAGCACGAUAUGCAUGGUCUUGAAGAAAACGAUAACCUUGUGUCUGUUGCCCGGACCCAUCUUGAUGAUAAGCUCAGUGAACAGAUUGGCAACGGUAUUUCAAAUGUGGAGUUAUUAAAAGCUUGUAAAUUAGAUUUCCAGCAGAAACUUGACCCCCAUUCUUUAUCCCUUCCCGUACCCAUUCAGAACAGUGAGCGUAAGAAGCGGCACUGUUCUGUUGAAGACCCUUCAUUGGAUGCACUUAGUUCCGCUGAUAGUGAUCUCUCACGUAGCUUACCUCAUGGCACCAUUGUACAAAAAGGAGAUAUGAUUGAGUUUAUCGCUGACAAUUUGGUGGAAAAAAUUAAAAGGAGCAGCUCCCUCUCAAUGGCAGAUUCCAGCAGCCUACACACCCGGACAUCCAGUGUCCAGAGCUUUGGUAGCAUCUCCAGCACAAAUUCAGCCUACUCUGUCUCGAGAACAUCCUACUCAGGCGUGUCUCAGUCACCCAGCAGCUUGGUGCCACAGAGCCCUGACGACAUCCCUCCUGUUGACCCCCAUGCCUUAAUGGAUCUUGAGACUCAAGCCAAACAGGUGGCUGACCGUUUGGACCAUAUGAUGUCUAGCCUCAAAUCUAAUCUUCAUAAGAUGUCUGCCUUGACCUCAGGGUGUUUGGAUGCUUAUAAAAAAUCUGUUGAUAGCACCUGUGAUGCAGUUGAUGCAAGUAUCAAAUCAAUGUAUGCACUAAUGGCAAAGUGUGAAGAACUAGGCAAAUCAAUGACUCCAAUUUACCAACUGGCAAAUCAAAUAAAGGAGAUAAAACGCUUAUUGGAUAUCUUUGAAAACAAGCUUGUAGACAGAUCCUGAGUUUUUCUUUGUUUUUUCACUUGUGUUGCCAGACACUGAUAGUUGUUUUUUUUUUCUUUUUUUAACCACCAAAAGAAAAGAAAGACUGAAAGAAAAAGACAAAAUGAAACUACAAUACUACUACUACUACUACUAUCUGUUACAUCUGCUCAGUUAAUACUUCCAGUUAUCUCCACUUUCUUUUAGUUUUAUAUAUACAUAUAUAUAUGUUGAUAUUGAACAGUGAAUGCUCAACACUUGCAUUGGUGGAUAAAAAUUCUUUAUUUAUGGAUUAAGGCUACCAUUGGUUUCAUGUUAAGAGAGAAAUCCCUUAACAAUUAUCAAGCCUGCCAUAUGGCAACAUUGGUGUUUGAACACCGAUGUUCUCAUAUGGCAGGCUUGAUAAUUGUUAAGGGAUUUCUGUUACAUAAAACCAAUGGUAGCCAUAACCCAUUAAUAAAGUAUAUACAUAUAUAUAUUAUAUAUUGGGGGAGGGUAAUAUCCUUUUUCAUUGAAAGGAAUGUAAUUAUAUUUAUGACAUCUCUAUCGCUAACAUUCUUUUUUUUUUUUUUUACUGUUGUUGUUUAAUGUUUUUAUUUUUUUGUUAUUAUAAAUCUAAAUCUACUUACAAAUGGAGUUCACUUUAUUUUUUAUUGCCUUUAAUCAUCAUUAUUUUUAUUGUUGUUAUUAAGGUGGCAGGUUGGCUGAAGCGUUAGCAUGCUGAACAAAAUGCUUAGCAGCAUUUUACCCAUCUUUCAAAUUCCACUGAGAUUGACUUAGCCUUUUAUCCUUUCAGAGAUGAUAAAAUAAGUACCAGUUGAGCAUUGGGGUUAAUGUAAUCGACUUACUCCGCUCACCCAAAAUUACUGGCCUUGUGCUAAGAUUUGACACCUUUAUUUUAAUUAUUGAUAAGGUGGUGAAUUAGCAGAAUCACUAGCACCUUGGGCAAAAUGCUUAGCGGCAUUUUAUCUGGGUUCUUAUGUUCUGGGUUCUAAUUCCACCAUGGUCAACUUUGCCUUUCAUCCUUUUGGGGUUGAUAAAAUAAGUACCAGUUGAGCACUGGAGGUUGAUGUAAUUGAAACUUCAGGCCUUGUGCCUGUAUUAGAAAAGAUUAUUGUUGAUUUUUCUAUUUUCUUUUUCUUUCUUUCUUUUUUUUUAUUUCGUCUUUCUCCUUCAAAACAUCACAUAUUUUUACCCCCUCAUUUACUUGCCUGUUUGCUACAUUCCCAAUGUCUGAUUGAAGUCCCUGCAGAAUCAAAAAGAAAAAAAGUUAUUGAAACUCAGACACAUUUUGGAAUAAACCUUACAUAAUGUCAGUAUUAAAUCUGCAGAACUCAGACAAACCACAAGCAAUAAAAUAAACCACUCACCCUCCUCCUCUAAAUCUGCAACCAUAAUGAUUGGUUAUCCUCCAACCUCUGCUCUCUUGUCUAAAACCUUUACUUUACUGCAGCCAUGAUAUUGAUAUUUGUUAAACCAAAAUGACAAUUCUUAUUGCAGUGACUGCUAAUCUUAAUACAGCCUCAACAGUAACUUCACAAACUAAAUACUGGUAGGGGUGUGAAAUUUGUCUAUUUACAAGCUUCCUAGUAAGUAAUCUCUGCUGUAACCCCAAAGGUGGUUCCUCUUCCCAAUGCAACUAAUUAUGAUAGUUUGUUCUCUUGUAAAUAUGAUAUUAAUAUUUACUCUUACCAUUUAUGUGUGAUGACACAGCACUUCCAUAUCUUGCUAUAAUUAUAAUUGAACAUAUUUAUAUACAAUGAGAAACAGACUGAUUUACUUUGUGUGUGUGUAUGUAUGUAUGUGUGUACGUAUGUGUCUAUAUGUAUGUGUUUAUAUGUAUGCGUGUGUAUAUAUUUGUAUGUUGUGUGUGCGUGUGUGCACGUGUAUAAGUGUAUAUACUAGGUGCAUUCAAAAAAUAUCUGACUUUAUUUUUCCCAAGAAAACUAAUGCUGCAUGAGUAAAAUCCAUUUAGGUGGGUGGUGAUGCCACCCUUUCUGCUUCAGUUCCCAGCUGUUACACCUAGUGUAGUGUGCACUCAUUUCACUGAGAUGCACUGCACAGAGAUAUUGCAUCAAAUUUUGCCAAAAGCCUGGUGGUACUCAAGCUCAAACCAUCCAGAAGAUUCAGCAGGCCUUUGGCGAUGAUACCAUGGGGAAAAAACUCAAAUCAAGGAGCAGUACAGCUGAUUCAGACAUGGCUGCAACUCAGUGAAGCACACUCAGGCAGGCCAUCCACAAGCCAAAAUGAGGAGCCAAUUGAGAAGGUUCAGUGAAUAAUUCAUGGAAGACCAUUGCAUAACAAUUGAGGAAAUUGCUCAUGAAGUGGGAAGAUCAGUGCAUUGCAUUUUAACGGAGGAUUUGUGCAUGUGGAGAGGGCGAAAUUUUACCCCCAACGUACUGGCAGCAACUCCACAUAGAAAUCACUCGUAGCAUGCUGGGCUGUGCAAACCCUGACCCAGACUUCAUGAAAGCCAUCAUUACUGGUGAUGAGACCCAAGUUUAUGGUCUCUGCUCAAUGUGUUUGGCCAUCUUGUAUGAAAAUGAGAAUCUGAUGAGCAUGCACUACACUUCUGUGCUCAAGGCAUAACAACAUGAACAUUUCCAUGCAUGCACAAGAAGGGUGGCAUCACAUCCCACCCAAAGGAUUUUGCCUAAACAGCAUUACUUUUGGCAGGGGGAAAAUGAAGUCUGAUACUUUUUGAACACACCUCAUAUAUGUGUGAUA